GAACUCUUCCACGUAUUUGGUGGUGCGCGACUGGUCCACUUGCAUUUCUGCCGAUACAUGCAGCUGGCAUCUACGACGAAGACUCAAAUGACACUCGUACUAGUGACUACGUCAUAUCUUCUUAUAUACCCACGAUAUCUGCCCUGCUUGACGCGCCCAAGACCUCUUCGAACAGACCUUUCCGGCUUCUCUCAAUAAUACAGCCUUCAGCUCCCGGCACAUCCUCUAUCCCCAGCACAAAGAAAGAGCUCGAUUGCAUUCGUCUCCGUAUCACUGAUCGGGAACACGAUAUUCUCGAGGGCUCAGAGGGAACCAAGAGUCGAGUAAUGAUAGGAAUGGGGGAGUGUGGCUGGCUUCAUCUUGCAUGUCACGGUGUCCAGAUGCCAGACGAGCCAACCAAGAGUGCGCUUAUCCUCGAAGAUGGUUAUCUAACGCUCGAAGAAAUUAUUCAACUUCAUCUUCCCGACGCAGAGUUUGCGUUUCUGUCUGCUUGCCAGACAACAGCAGGAGACGAAACCCUUUCUGAAGAAGCCGUCCAUAUCGCAGGGGGCAUGUUACUAGCUGGGUACCGUGGAGUCGUUGCGACAAUGUGGUCCAUUCAGGAUGAUCUGGCACCAGAGGUGGCUGAUGAGUUCUAUGCUUGUAUAACAAAGGAUGGAAAGCGACCCAUCAAUACGAAAGCGGCCGAAGCAUUGCACGUUUCAUUACAAAAGCUUCGCGACAAGGGAAGUGCCCGACUUAUAGACUGGAUUCCAUUUGUACAUCUCGGAGUAUGA